AUGAUGCAUGCCCUUUUUCUCCUCUGCUGCUGCGCUGCCGCAGGAUGGAUACGCGGUGUCGAACCAGAUAGACAGUCGAUCUACAAGCCCGACGAAGACGGGCUUUGGGCGUGCCUGGGCAAUCCAGAGAUCAAGAUUUCUUUUGACAAAAUUAACGACGAUUACUGUGACUGUCCAGAUGGCUCUGACGAGCCAGGGACCUCUGCCUGCAGCUUAGGACGAUUCUACUGCACCAACGAAGGGUUCAAGCCCAAUUACCUGCCUUCUUACAGGGUCAAUGAUGGGAUCUGUGAUUACGAUCUCUGCUGCGAUGGUUCUGACGAGCCUGGCGGAAAAUGCCCAUCGAGAUGCGCACAAAUGAAGCAAGCGUGGGACGGAGAGACUGCGGCACGGAAUGCGGUCAUUGCUAAGGGACUAGCCAAGAAGGCUAAAAUUCAACACAAAGCACACAAGGAGCGGACGAGGCUGAAGUACGAAAUCUCGCAAUUGUCUGCUGAGAUUGAGAAACUCGAGCAGGAACUGCACGGCCUCAACCAGCUUCAGGCUCCUACAGAAAAGGAGAGUGCCAUUAUCUCAGUGUUUGAGCAGCUAGACUCGAAAUUGGGGGACCUUUCUCUGCAGAUUUCUGAGAAGCUCCAGCAACUCAACAGCAAGAGACAAAAUCUGCGAAACUUGGAGGAGAUUAUGGAGACUAUGAGUAACGAGUACAAUCAUAACUUCAAUGACCCGGCCGUGAAAGCUGCCGCUCAAGCAUUCCAGGAGUAUUCUGUGAAUCAAGGCUUGAGCAAGGACGAGAAGCAAAGCGAUCAUGCCAGCGAGGUGAAAGCUCUAUUUACAGAUUUGCAGAGCCAGUUGAGAGACUCUGAGGCAGAAAUUCGGAGGCUGGCUGGCCGUGGAGACGAGGACGAGGACGAACUAUUUGACUUCAAGUCCACCUUCAAAGCCAUGGUAAACUCGUUUUUGGGCGUGUCAAAGAGACACCAGAAAUCUCCGUCGACGAGAGAGUCGGAAAAGCGGAAGAAGGAAAUUGAACAGGAACUGAAGCGGCUAAGAAGAGACCAGCAGACAAAGGAGGAGCAGCUGAACAAGGAUUAUGGGCCACACCAGAUUCUCAUGGCUAUGGACGAUUGUAUCGUGGACAAAAUCGGUGAUUAUGACUAUCGACUGUGCUUUGUCGACAAAGUAGAGCAGAUUGACCGCAAUGGCCAUGCGGUUAGAAUAGGUCGCUUCGAACGAACCGAGUUUGACGAGGAAAAACUGCAACUCAGGCUGAUCUACGAACACGGAGACAAGUGCUGGAACGGUCCAGUGAGAAAGGCCACUGUUCAGCUGGAAUGCGGCGAAAAAAACACCAUCGUGGCCGUUACCGAGCCGGAGAGGUGCGAGUACACGUUGAGAGUCAAGUCGCCUAUUGGAUGCUUUGAGUCCGUCGAAACUUGA